AUGUCUGCAGGAGGAGCCGACGCAUGUCCAGUCGACCACGAAACUCGCCAGGCAUGGCUGGACCAGGCCAAGAAGGUCAAAUCACAGGAUCAUCCAGCACCUCCGCCGCAAGCAACUCCAUCGCCGCCAGUGCCGAUACCCACCAGCACACCUCCUCAUGACCUUCGCCAGGUCCCCAUUCAGACUCGCUACUCUCUCGAUCAUGGUGCAUGGUUGGCUAUUCUGCCCAAGAACAUGGCCAUGAUGUCCCCGGCACAGCGAGGUGCUCUUGACACCUUCCGCGAGAUCUCGACCAUUCCUCGAGCCCUAUCUGCCGAAGGUCACGACGCUGCCCAAAACACUCACAGUCCCGCAAACAACGAACAAGAGUCUGGAGUCGACGAGAAGAGUGGAAACUGGGUCUAUCCUUCCGAGGAAAUGUUCUUCAACGCCAUGAAACGCAAAAACUACGACCCUGAAGCCGCUGAUAUGCGCACCAUCGUACCCAUUCACAACGCCGUCAACGAACAGGCUUGGAAGGAGAUCAAGGCCUGGGAGAAGGGCAGAGGCUCUGAAGCGUCANNAUGUGGCGGUCCUCGCCUUGUUUCCUUCAUGGGCCAGUCAAAGGAACUGACUCCUCGAGCACGCUUCAACUCCCUCUUGGGUUACUCCAAACCCUUCGACAGACAUGACUGGAUUGUGGACCGCUGCGGCACCCACGUCGACUAUGUCAUUGACUUCUAUGCUGGCAAGAAUGAGGGCAAGCCCGGCAAAUCUCUCAACUUCUACCUCGAUGUCCGCCCCAAACUCAACAGCUGGGAAGGCGUCAAGAUGCGAUUCGAAAAGUUCUGGGGUCUGUGA